GCUCGGGAAGCAGCGAUUAGCUAAAAGAGGCUUAGCUUUAAAAAGUAGAAUAAUGGAGUACAGCUUUAGCCCAACAUAGAUUUAAAUGUAGCAAAUUCGAGGCAAGAAUUUACGAAAACACCACAUUUCACGGGCAUUUAGUACGUAUGGAUGCUUUUAUAUCGUAAUUUAUUGCAAGGAUAGAACACGUGGCUCGUUGGUCUAGGGGUAUGAUUCUCGCUUCGGGUGCGAGAGGUCCCGGGUUCAAAUCCCGGACGAGCCCAUUUCUUUGACAUUUUAUUCCCGCCCCUUUUCCAACGAAGUCAGUUGAGGAGUCAUCUUCGUUUCGGUUAAACCUGAUUAGGAACCGGAUCUGAAGAGAUCCGUUGGCCUUGACUAAUACGUGACGGUGCGUGUCACUUAACGUACCCGGUAACCGUCAGCACACUGACCGAAAUAUAGCCGAGAUCGGGACAUAGUGAUACACAGCGGCUCGUUGGUCUAGGGGUAUGAUUCUCGCUUUGGGUGCGAGAGGUCCCGGGUUCAAAUCCCGGACGAGCCCACUUUUUUUUUUUUUUGGUGGUGAAAAGUAUUAUUCACGUUCAAAAGUGAUAGCCCCGCCCUUUCCUGCUCUGGAAAGCAUGAAACCUCCCACAUCAUCAUCAUCAUCAUAAUCCCAUGUCACUGUUCCCACCUGCUCUCCUUUUAUACAAACAAAGGAGUCCCACCCCCACCAACCCUACCAACACCACCUUCUGGUGAAGACCACCUCCACUCACUCCCGGAUCAAAACCUCCUGAGGACCAUCUUUGUUUCUUCUCCUCAACUUUACUAGGCGUGGUUCUCCACCCCCCGCCAUGGUUCUGUGCGGCGAGGGCGACUGCUGCGUGUGCCUGCUGGCGUUCUCGCGGGCGGAGCGCAUCCCGCGUCAGCUGCACUGCCAACACACUUUCUGCCAGCCCUGCCUGGAGACCCUGCAGACGCGGGCCAAGAGCGGGCUGCUCACCGUGGGCUGCCCGCUGUGUCGCCGGGUCACCUGCAUCCGGGCGGGCCUCAGCCUGCAGGAGGCGCUGUGGGUGGACAGCGGCGUGUGGGAGCAGAUAGACCACGGCGGCGAAGACCACUCGCCGGAAGGCGGCACCGGAAACGAGACGGCGGCAGCAGAAUGCACGGCCCAUGACGGCGUGUCCAGAAGCAAGCGCAGGCUGAGCACGUUCUUCAGGAAGCUGAGGCUGAGCAAACGUCGUCAAGAGACGAUCGUGCCCAGCAGCAACGUGGAAAUGAAGUCGUGGCGCAGACUUCCUGCUGAAGAAGCAGCAUGACGGAGAAGAAGAGUGGCGUGAUGACCUAUUGUCCUCCCAGCUGCUGCUCCAGAGGGCAGAUGGCCGACUCGGGACGUUGGACAAGUAAACAAUUUGCAUGAGGGGCAACAAAAGGCCACUCGAGUGUGUGCGUGAGGCGCGGCGGCCACUAAAGAGCCGCUGGAGCGUGAAAGAGGAUUGUGGAGAGUUGGCUGAGCAUCUGGCAACCCUGCCGUGUUGCAACAAGACCAGCAUCUGGCAACCCUGCCGGGUUGCAACAAAGACGAGCAUCUGGCAACCCUGCCGUGUUGCAACAAGACCAGCAUCUGGCAACCCUGCCGUGUUGCCACAAGACGAUCAUCUGGCAACCCUGCCGUGUUGCAACAAAGACCAGCAUCUGGCAACCCUGCCGUGUUGCAACAGGACGAGCAUCUGGCAACCCUGCCGUGUUGCAACAAGACGAGCAUCUGGCAACCCUGCCGUGCUGCAACAAAGAUGAGCAUCUGGCAACCCUGCCGUGUUGCAACAAGACCAGCAUCUGGCAACCCUGCCGGGUUGCAACAAAGACGAGCAUCUGGCAACCCUGCCGUGUUGCAACAAGACCAGCAUCUGGCAACCCUGCCGUGUUGCCACAAGACGAUCAUCUGGCAACCCUGCCGUGUUGCAACAGGACCAGCAUCUGGCAACCCUGCCGUGUUGCAACAGGACGAGCAUCUGGCAACCCUGCCGUGUUGCAACAAGACGAGCAUCUGGCAACCCUGCCGUGCUGCAACAAAGAUGAGCAUCUGGCAACCCUGCCGUGUUGCAACAAGACCAGCAUCUGGCAACCCUGCCGUGUUGCAACAGGACGAGCAUCUGGCAACCCUGCCGUGUUGCAACAAGACCAGCAUCUGGCAACCCUGCCGUGUUGCA